AUGUCUUCCGUCACGGUCGAGUGCGACAGCGGAAAUGGCUAUGAUGGCCGAUUAGGGCUCCGGAUCUCCUCGGUCUUUGUCAUUGGCUUCGGGUCUAUGUUAGGUGUUCUCCUCCCCAUUGCCGCUGCUCGAACGAAACGCAUGCGUGUUCCACCGCUAGCCUUCUUCAUUACGAAGUAUUUUGGGUCAGGUGUUAUCAUAGCAACAGCUUUCAUACAUCUGCUUGCGCCGGCUGUCGGGGCUCUUAGCUCGCCAUGUCUAACUGGACCUAUCACAGAUUACAGCUGGGCAGAAGGGAUUGCCCUUAUGACAGUCUUCACGAUGUUCUUUGUCGAGCUGAUGGCGGCUCGGUUUGAUAUAUUUGGGUCAAAGGCACACGAUAUCGAGGCCAGCGACCCUUCUUUGGGUGUGAUGCGGCAAAAUGAGAAAUCCCAUGAUGCACCACUUAUAAUACGAAAAGAUUCGGGAAAACAUAGCCAUGGGCAUGGUUAUGGUCCUCAGCCAAUAUCAUCAGCAGGCGACGUGACUGUUCGAGCUUCAGACUCGAAUUCUAGUUCUUUGGAAGGUCCAUCCAAAGACCCCUCCCACGGAGCAAUUCCUGGGAGAACAGACGACUUCACGUACCCACCAGGAGGCGAUGAUCACCUGGGCCAUCAGCGUGACCACAUGACAGACGAUGACCAUUUUGCGGCUCAGAUGACUGCCCUCUUCAUUCUCGAAUUCGGAGUCAUCUUUCAUUCCAUUUUCAUUGGUCUCACACUCGCCGUUGCUGGUCAUGAGUUCAAUAUACUUUACAUUGUGCUUGUCUUCCACCAGACAUUCGAGGGCCUUGGUCUGGGCUCUCGACUCGCCACCGCCGAAUGGCCAAAAAAGAAGGCUUGGAUGCCAUGGGUACUGGGUGCCGCAUAUGGAGUUUCCACACCUAUUGCCAUCGCCAUCGGGUUGGGCGUGCGCACGACUUUCACACCCGGCAGUCAAAGGACUCUGAUUGUGAAUGGCGUCUUCGAUUCGAUCAGCGCCGGUAUUCUGAUCUACACGGGACUCGUGGAACUCAUGGCUCACGAAUUCAUGUUCAACCCGGAGAUGCGCAAGAGCUCGAUCAAGAUGAUGCUAUUCGCUUAUCUCUGCAUGUGUCUUGGCGCAGGACUUAUGGCCUUGCUUGGCAAAUGGGCCUGA